AUGGCGCCUCAGAUUUCUGAUGAAACAAUUCCUAUCAGCAGAAGGUACGCCAUUGCACUCACCACUGAGGAUCGCUACCACCAUCAUAUAAUGAUCAAAGAAAGCCCGCAAAAACAAGAGAAGCAGAUUGUUGUGGAUCCUCUGUCCCUGAAACAGCAAGAAGCAACUUCUUUUCCACCACCAUUACAGCCUCCAAAGUCCAAGUUCUUGAGCAUCAGCCAACCGAAUUCCGCCACUUCCUCACCUCGCUUCCUGUCCAAGAAGAAAUCCAAAGUUGAGAGCCUAGAAUCCCCACCAUACCCUGCAGAAUCUUACCUACAGAAGAGCAAGUCUUGUGGUGAAAGAAGGGCGUGUCCACCCUCAGAUGAAUUUGAUCUUUGGUCUGUAAUUAAACGCGAUACCACCAAUACUCACCGUCAAGGAAGCUUCCAGAAACCUGAAGCCAUGAAAGACAGUCCUAGGAGUAGCAGGAUUACUGCUCGCAAGAACAUCGAUCCUCCUCCUGCAGAUAAAGGAUUCAAAUGCAGUUGUCUGUACCUUCCAGGAUUUGGAAAAGCCAAGCCAGUGAGACCUAAAAAGGAAGAAUCACAAAUUUCAAGUAUGGAUCGUGUAAUAUCAAGAACAGUUUCUCUGGAGAAAUUCGAGUGUGGUUCCUGGGCUCCAUCACCCAGGGCCAUAAAGCCGGUACAGGAUCAGGUGGAAGGGAACGAAUCAGUGAGUUCGUAUUUCGAUCUACCCUCGGAGUUAAUCAGAUGCGGCGGCGGCGAGGAUGCACAUUCGCCGGUGGCGGCGGCUUUCGUGUUCGAUAAUAACAAGGACAUUAAAGGAGUGCUCAAGAAUGGAUCCCCGGGAGGAAACAGAAAGUCGGAUGCAUCGCCUCGCCAUGUUCGAUUUUCCACUCCGUCUUCUCCGGCUUCGCCUGCAUCAUCAUGCAUUACGCCUCGGUUGCAAAAGGCUAGGGAAGAAUUUAACGCCUUUUUGGAAGCAGCACAAAGCGCCUGAGACUUGGAACCAACAUGGCCUUUUUCAACCGUUCAAGUCAGAUCUUUAAUUUCCUACAUGACACAACUUUUUCAUGAAGUGUUUAUAUAUAUAUAUAUAUAUAUCAAGAAAGUUUGAUCCUAUAAUCUCAACCAUCCAUCACCUAAACUAGCUAGAGCUAGAGGAGUAUUAUUUAUAGUUUGAUACUUAGUGGUCUCUUUCACUUUGUUUUUUUGGCUCUUUUUUUUUUUUUUUGGGGUCAGGAAGUAUGUUUUUGCUAGUGGUGGAAAUGGAAUGAUAGCUCCAUAAUAUUGUUUUCCUGCAGCAUUUGA